AUGGGGCCACAUAUUUCUUUGGUUUCCUUUCUUUUAGUACUAUUUGUUUUCUCAUCAACUUCAUGGGCAACUUUAGUUGAUAAUCAUGAAGAAUUCAUCCGAUGUCUAUCUAAUUGUAACCAAACCUCAUCCGUUUACACCCCAAAUAACUCUUCUUAUUCAUCGAUUCUUCAAUUCUCCAUACAAAACUUAAGGUUCAACACCACUAAAACUCCAAAACCUCUUGUAAUUGUGACCCCAACUAGUGAAUCAGAGGUCCAACAAGUCAUUAUUUGUGCUAAGAAAACUGGGAUGCACAUUAGGGUUCGUGGAGGAGGACAUGACUAUGAAGGCCUUUCUUAUGUCACUGAGGUUCCAUUUGUUAUAAUUGAUCUUAUAGAACAUAGAGCAAUCAAUGUUAAUGUCAAUGACAAGAGUGCAUGGGUUGAAGCUGGAGCAACUAAUGGUGAACUCUAUUAUAGAAUCGCGGAGAAAAGCAAAACCUUAGGGUUUCCAGCUGGUGUAUGUCCGACAGUUGGUGUUGGUGGACAUUUUAGUGGAGGUGGUUAUGGUCUUAUGUUGAGAAAAUAUGGCAUAGCUGCAGAUAACAUUGUAGAUGCACGAUUGAUCGACGCGAAUGGGAGGAUUCUUGAUAGGGUUUCCAUGGGGGAAGAUCUCUUUUGGGCAAUUAGAGGAGGUGGAGGUAAUAGCUUUGGGCUUGUUCUUUCAUGGAAGAUCAAAUUAGUAGAUGUUCCCGAGAAAGUAACUGUUUUCACACUUGACAAGACAUUGGAACAAAAUGCCACAAAGCUUGUACAUAAGUGGCAAUAUGUUGGUUCAAGAUUCCAUGAAGAUUUGUUCAUUAGGAUCUUGAUUAGUAGAUUGAACUCAAGUAGUCAAGGUGGUAACAACAACCAAACAAUUAUAGCUUCAUUCAACUCCAUGUUCCUCGGCGAAAUUGACCGACUACUUCCCAUCAUGCAAGAAAAUUUUCCUGAACUAGGGUUGAGAAGAGAAGAAUGCAUUGAAAUGAGCUGGAUAGAGUCUACAUUAUACUUUGCAGGAUUCUCGAGAGGUGAAUCUCUUGAUGUCUUGCUAAAUAGGACUCAGCUUUCGAGUCGAUACUUCAAGGCAAAAUCAGACUACGUGUAUCAACCAAUCCCAGAGGGAGGUCUCGAAGGAAUUUGGAGAUUGUUCUUUGAAGAUGAAGCCGCAUCAGCACAAAUGAUCUUGAGUCCAUAUGGUGGGAGGAUGAAUGAGAUUGCAUCAUCUUCUAUUCCAUUCCCCCAUAGAGCUGGAAAUUUAUACAAAAUCCAACAUUUGGUGUAUUGGGAUGAAGAAGGAGAAGAAGUAGCUGAAAAACAUAUAAGUUGGAUAAGAAGGCUUUAUUCUUACAUGACUCCUUUUGUUUCUAUGUUUCCAAGAGCUGCUUAUAUCAACUAUAGGGAUCUUGAUAUUGGUGUGAACAACAUCAAGGGAUAUACAAGCUAUCUACAAGCUAAGGUUUGGGGGACUAAGUAUUUCAAGAAUAAUUUUAAUAGAUUGGUUUUUGUGAAGACUAAGGUUGAUCCUUCAAACUUCUUUAGGAAUAAACAAAGCAUUCCUUCAAUUCACUUAUUGCCAUUAUAUAAUUACUUGGUGGAAGACAAAGGUGAAUGA